AUGGCUCCUCGACCACCGUCGUCCAAGAUGACCCCAGUCGCUCGUCCUGUCGCACGCUACAGGAAAGGCCAACCCUUACCCGGGACGUCGAACGCAUCAGCCUACCACAACGACGAGGAUGAUUCGGACGACGACGACGACGAUCUCGCCCGACCGGACGAGAACAGGAAGCAGUCGUGGGAUCAGGACCAGUUGGGCAAGCAGGGGCUCAAGCUGAUGCCGACUCUCGACUCGGCCAGUGCGGGUGGCCAUGGGAGUGGGAAUGCGAUCCAGGUCGCCAUCACUGGGGUCGAGGUGGAUGCGAGAGGCAAGGUCAAGGUCGCACGGAGGAUUCCGGAGCAGGAGCAGGAGAGUGGGAGCAGCGAGGACGACGACGAGGGUCAGUUUCGCGAUGGGGCGAGCUGCACCAUGUCACAUCGAUCGCAUGUUCACAGCACGACUGAACCUGGGAUGACUUGUACACCAGAUGAGCACGGUGCUGCACAACCCCCAACGGCAUCGACAUCCGGAGCGCCCCCAGCCAAGCAGCACGUUCGUCCCCCAAGUCCAACGGGAUCGACAAGCCUCCCCACUUCUCCACGAACUCAUUCUUGUUUGUAAUCCCCCUAUAGGAAUCUUCAAGUGAAUACGAGACCGAGUCCGAAACCGAAGAGGAGGAACCACAGGCGCGAGCACCCAUCUACAAGCCCGUCUUUGUCUCAAAGUCAGUAAUGCCGCUUUCGCCUUCCCUUCCUGGCGUCUGGCCCGACUCUCGCCAACUGGGGCUUUCUCUACUCCUUUUUUGAUUACUAAUUACCUGUGCGUGCUGCCCAGACGGAACCGCGACACGCUCGCCACGCGCGACGCCGCAUUGGACCCUUCGCUCGUCGAGGCGCAGAGGGAACAAGAGUUGCAGGCGAGGAAACAACAGUCGCACGACUUGGUCGCGCAGUCCAUCGUCAGGGAGUUGGCGCAGAGUAAGUUUAGCGGCCCGAGGUGGGAUGAAGACGUGAGAGGUGGACUCGGCUUGAGGGGGACAGUGCCGAGAGCUUAUGCGGAUUUUUGUCCCGUGCCCUGCAGAGGAAGUGCAAGCUGUCUUCCCCGACGUUGAUGAUACGGAUGGUUUGGACCCGGAAGCCGAGUUUGAGGCAUGGAAGUUACGAGAGUUGAUGAGAAUCAAGAGGGACAAGGAGGCGAGGUAUGCGUAAGUAUAUCGCCAAUUGCUCGUCGUUCCCUCCCGCUUGCGCAACAGGCCGCAGAAAGGUCAGCUGAUCAGAGUUAAUUUAUUCCAUGCUUCAGUAAGGAGAAGGAGAGGGAGCAAGUCGAGGCUCGCCGAGCGAUGCCCGAACAGUUGCGCCUCAAGGAGGAUCUCGACUAUGCCAAGAAGACAAGGGACGAGAAGAAGAAAGGAUCCCAAGGUGAGUUACACUUAAAGACGAGCUAGCCCGAACUCUACCGAAUUCCACAAACUCACGCUCCCACCCCAUCUUCCCGCCCCGACUCCAGUCUUUGGCCAGAAAUACCAUCACAAGGGAGCUUUCUACGCCGACGCCGAGAUCCUCACCAAACACGACUUCACCGCCCCAACCGUCUCGACCGUCAAGGACAUGUCGAGUCUACCCAAAGCGAUGCAGAACAAGAACUUCGGCAAGAUGAGCCAGAGCAAGUACACGCAUUUGGCGGAUCAGGAUACGUCCAAGGAGGCGAAAUGGGGACGUGGCGGAGGUGUGGGCGCGGGCGCGGGCGCGGGUUGUUUCAAUUGUGGGGGACCGCAUGUGAGUUUGCGGUGUCUGAGCGGGUGACUGAGGGUUCCGAACUUGGCGCACUGACCCGCAAACCUUCUCGUCCGUGUUGGAGCAGAUGAGAAAAGAUUGCCCGACUACUACCAUCGCCGGUCCGUCAGGGGCCAAUGCCGCCCCUUCGAGGGAUCAAGGACGGUCAUCCCAACGAGGAGGAGAAAGUGGGAGGAGGGACGAUGAUCGGGAUGGCGGUCGUGGGGAGGAUCGAUAUGCCCCGAGGCCGAGGAGGGACGGGGAUGAUAGGAGGGGGGAAGGGUCGUCAACGAGGAAGGGGUACGAGGAUCGUGAGAGGGAGAGGGAGAGGGAUAUACCGAGGUAUGAUGACCGGGAUCGGGACCGGAAUCGGGAUUAUGAACGUCGGGACAGGGACCGAGACGGAUACGGCGGCUCUACCUCGAAUCGACGACGAGAAGGAAUUGGACAUUCUUCAUCAUCAUCACGCAACGAUCGACCUUCUUAUGAUAAUGCGAGGUCGAAGGAUACAGGUAAUGGGAGGAGGGACGACAAGGUGGGUUACGACGAUCGGAGGACAAGGGAUGAUCGGCCGAGGAUGAGGAGUCAGAGCCCGAGAGGACCGGACGAUAAGAGGCGGAGGUUGGAUUGA